GGUCAAAGGUAGCAGAUCCGUGCUGUUAUGGACACACACAGUUUCAUCUUAUUCCUGAUAAACUAAAACGGGAGAGGUUUAUAAGAGCAAAUCUUGAGGAUCAGAUUGAAGUUGUUUAUCGAGCUAAUGGUAUUGCAAGUCUCUUCGCCUGGACAGCAGCACAAGCAAUGUAUCAAGGAUUCUGGAACGAAGCAGAUGUGACCCGACCUUUUGUAUCGCAGGCAGUAGUGACCGAUGGAAAAUACUUUGCUUUCUUUUGUUACCAGCUAAAUACUUUAGCACUAACUGUAGAAACUAUUCAGAACAAUCCUCGGAAGAAUAUCUGUUGGGGUACAGACAGUAAGCCAUUGUAUGAUGUUGUGGAAGGUGGUAGUGUGAAAGGCUUUAAUGAUGAAGUUCUGUUUCAGUUGGUUCGUUUUCUGUUAAACAGACCAAAAGAGUUGUAAAUCAUUAAAAAAUCAAGUAUUUCUGUUUAUGUGCCCAACCUUCUUUGUAACUCCAUAAAGUAUGGGCUAGAAUAUGCCUUGUUCUUAGUCAAGUAUU